AUGCUGCGUCGCGCGGUGCAGUCCAACCCCACCAUCCUGGUUCCCAUGCUGCAGGAGCUGGGCAAGCAGAAUCCGGAGCUGCUCCAGCAAAUCAACGCCCACCAGGCCGACUUCCUGCGCAUGGUGAUGGAGCCCGGGGAGGAGGGCGAGGACGACGAGAUGGCCGAGGCGCUGGCGGCCAUGGCGGGCGGCGAGGGCGGCCUGCCGCCCGGCAUGAUCGCGGUGGAGCUGACGCCGGAGGACGAGGCGGCGAUCGGGCGGCUGGAGGCGCUUGGGUUUGAGCGCUCCGCAUGCAUCGAGGCGUACCUGAGCUGCGACAAGCAGGAGGAGCUUGCAGCCAACUUCCUGCUGGAGGGCGCGUUUGGCGACUAA